GAUCUUUGGAAUGGAUUCAAUGUACUGUCAAUUGUAAAUUUAUCAAAUUGAACCAAUCCGACGAAAAUGAUUAUUGUUUCUAUUUAUUACAUAAAGGACAUCAUGAACAUCAGAAACCCAUUCAAAAUAAACCAUUCAAUAAUGAGAAGGAUAUAUUCAAAAAACGCGUUACCACAGCACCUGAUAUUUUGCCUAAAAAAUUACAAGUUGGGCAGUCCUUGGAUAAAAACAGUCCACUUGGUUCAUGUGAAUCUGGACAUGUUCGUAUUGCACCACUUCCAUUUAAACCAUUUAUACCAAUAAAUGGGAUUGAUGACUUCGUAACGUAA